AUGGACCUAAUAUUGCCAUGCGAUUUCACACAACCUUGCCUUCUUAAAAAGUAUUCUCAUCCCGUUGCGAACUUGUCCGAGUCUCAUCAGCAUCCCCAGCGGGAAUCGAACUCGGUGUGUGUUGGUGCAGCGUAUAGUCUCGACAAAUUAACCACUCUACCCGACUGUCACGAGUGCCCUCCAGUCACUGGGCCGGCUUCCGCCGACUCUCUUUCGCUCCUGCUGCCCAGCAGAGAGAACGCCACCGUUCACAGUCUCAUCCGAGGCCGCGGAGUCUCGGCUCCUGCCUCGACGACGCCGGUUGCGUCGCCGGCCUGUGCUCCGACCGGACUCUGUUGCCCGUUGGGCGCCGGCCAGACGACCUGUCUCUUCGACGCCUGGCAGACCGGCUGGUCGGCCGACCGGCCACCCGACGGCGGUCCGCCCAGUUUGCCCAAACCCGUUCAGUUCAACCAAAGCGUCAGUCCGACCUUCGGUCGUGGAACGUCUUCACCGGCAUCGCCAGCCUCGUCCGCCUCUUCGGCUGCUCCUCACGGCUUUGGCCGAUGUCUUCUUCCCUCCACGGCCUGCUCGGCGACUUGCCAACCGGGCCGCCGGUCACCGACGCCUUCGGGUCAUUCUCAGACCGCUUUGCCGACCCCUCUCGAGGACCAAACGACCGCGGCGCCAGACUCGGUCUGGUGGACUGGCUCCGCGACGCACAUGCCGCCAGGACGGGUCGUCUGGAGGCCGGCAAAUGUCGGCUCGGAGGGCGCCUCGUCGUCGCCACGACGCAGGAGACCGGCUCGUCUCUUCUGUCGAGUCGUGGAGCCGGGUCUGUUGGCUGCUUCGGAGACAGGCAUCCGCGCAACCGGAGCCUGGACGCCGGUUGCAGAGGCAGCACGAGGCAGUGGCGGCGCUGCAGUCGGCAGACUUCGCCUCAGUCGCAGUUAUGUGUGCACUUUGUGCUCAAAGUGUUUCACCUCCAACUCAGGCCUCAAACAACACAUGCACAUUCAUGCCUCCUUCAAGCCUUUCCGAUGUCAGGUGGGUUGGCUGAACGUCGGCAAGUUGGCAGUUUUUAAGGCACAAUUUUAUAUCAUACACAUUCAGCCCAUUUCAUUUCAGAAGUGGUAA